AGAGUGCUCUGCAAAGCUCUUCUCAAACACAAGAGGGAGUUGAGGGAUACAAAACAAAUAUUCCAUUCUCAAGUCUUCAAUCUCUUAUCUUCAGCCUCUCACGUUAAUUCUGAUUUUGGGGUCUGAUAUGGGGAGAUUAGCAAUACCCAUUUUGUGUUUUCUGCUGUUGAGCUGCUUAGUAGCUGGGACAGAAGCAGAAUACUUGAAAUACAAAGACCCAAAACAGCCACUGAAUGUGAGAAUCAAUGACCUUUUCAGUAGAAUGACACUUGAAGAGAAGAUCGGCCAAAUGGUCCAGAUUGAGCGGGGAGUGGCAACCCCAGAAGUCAUGAAGAAGUACCUCAUUGGGAGUGUACUGAGUGGAGGAGGGAGUGUGCCAGCUCCAAAAGCUUCGGCUGAAACUUGGGUGAAUCUGGUGAAUGGGCUCCAAAAGGGAUCUUUGUCCACUCGUCUUGGGAUUCCAAUGCUUUAUGGUAUUGAUGCCAUUCAUGGCAACAACAAUGUUUACAAUGCCACCAUUUUCCCCCACAAUGUUGCUCUAGGAGUUACCAGAGAUCCUAAGCUUAUCAAGAAGAUUGGAGAAGCAACUGCUCUUGAAGUUCGAGCUACAGGAAUUCCUUAUACCUUUGCUCCAUGUAUUGCGGUCUGCAGAGAUCCGAGAUGGGGUCGGUGCUACGAAAGCUAUAGCGAGGACCACAAGAUUGUUCAGAUGAUGACUGAGAUUAUUCCUGGUUUGCAAGGAGAUCUCCCUGCUAACUCUCGAAAAGGUGUUCCUUUUGUUGGUGGAAAAACAAAGGUUGCAGCCUGUGUGAAGCACUUUGUGGGAGACGGUGGAACGAACAAGGGCAUCAAUGAGAACAACACUCUAAUAAGCUGGAAAGGAUUGCUUGACAUUCACAUGCCUGCAUACGUAGACUCCAUUAGAAAAGGUGUUGCAACAGUUAUGGUGUCGUACUCAAGCUGGAACGGGAAAAGGAUGCACGCAAACCGCGAUCUAGUUACUGGAUUUCUCAAGAACAAACUCAAAUUCAGGGGUUUUGUCAUAUCGGAUUGGCAGGGUAUUGACAGAAUUACUUCCCCUCCUGGUAGUAACUAUUCCUAUUCGGUUCAAGCUGGAGUUAGUGCUGGAAUUGACGUGAUAAUGGUUCCCUAUAACUUUACAGAUUUUAUUGAUAAGCUAACCUACCAAGUGAAAAACAAUAUCAUCCCGAUGAGCAGGAUUGAUGAUGCAGUUAAGAGGAUCUUGAGGGUUAAAUUCAUCAUGGGUCUCUUUGAGAACCCGCUUGCUGAUCUCAGCCUGGUCAACCAGCUUGGCCAUAAGGAACAUAGGGAAUUGGCAAGAGAAGCUGUUAGAAAGUCACUUGUACUGCUAAAGAAUGGGAAAUCGGCUGAUAAGCCAUUACUUCCCCUUCCCAAGAAAGCGACCAAGAUACUAGUUGCCGGAAGUCAUGCAGACAACUUAGGCUAUCAAUGUGGAGGCUGGACAAUUACAUGGCAGGGCGUUGGUGGAAAUGAUAUCACAGCUGGUACCACAAUCCUCAAGGCAGUGAAAAACACUGUUGAUCCUACCACCCAAGUUGUCUACAGCCAGAAUCCUGAUGCUAACUUUGUCAAAUCGAACAACUUCUCCUAUGCCAUCGUUGUCAUCGGUGAGCCUCCAUUUUCGGAAACAUUUGGUGAUAGUUUGAACCUGACAAUAGCUGAACCUGGUCCAAGCACUAUCAAGAACGUUUGUGGAGCUGUAAAAUGCGUCCUCAUUGUUGUUACCGGCCGCCCUGUUGUAAUCCAGCCCUAUGUUUCCACCGUUGAAGCGCUUGUUGCAGCAUGGCUCCCAGGAACUGAAGGCCAAGGUGUUGCCGACGUUCUGUUUGGUGACUAUGGAUUCACAGGCAAGCUUGCAAGGACAUGGUUCAAAACCGUCAACCAGCUUCCCAUGAAUGUUGGCGAUCCACAUUAUGAUCCCCUAUUUCCAUUCGGGUUUGGUUUAACUACUGAGCCUAACCAGUAGAAAAUCAACAUAUCCCAAACUUAGAUACGACAUUGAAUCCAAUUUUUCCCCCUUCCCCUUUUCCGUGAAGAGCUUUUAUUUAUGUUCAUCAUUGUUGUGCUA